CUCCGAUUGGUCGGCCGGGCUGACGGGCGGCCAAUGGGAACGCGCCUUGUUGGGCGCGCGGCGGCGCAGGGGGCGGGGCCUCGUGAGGGAGAGCGCGAGCGGAGCCGAGAUGUCCUCCCCGGAGGAGACGCUGCUGCUGCUGGAGCACCGCUACGUCUGCUCCGAGUGCUCCCACCUCUCCUCCUCCCUGGAGGAGGCCCUGCUGCACCACCAGCACCACCUGCAGCCCCGCCCCGACCACGCCCAGCCCCGCCCCGACCACGCCCAGCCCCACCUGGAGCUGCUGGAGCCCCCCAGCCAAUUCCAGUGCCUGGAGUGCGGCGCCCUGCUGGUGACGCCGGGACAGCUCCUCGAGCACCAGGAGCUCCACCUCAAGCUCCUGGCCGCUCCCGACACCGCCGCCGCGCCGGCGCCGCCGAAACCCGCCCCGCACAACGCCGGCAUCCACUUCGAGUGCCCCGAGUGCCGCGCGCUCUUCCAGAGCCAGGACGCGUGGCUGGCGCACCGCCAGGGCCACCGCGGCGCCGCCGGCUCGCCGCAGGGCACGGCGCGCGUGGACGUGGAGCACUCCUACCGCAAGCACGGCGAGGGCGGCGCCGCCGAGGAGACGCCGGCGGCGGCGCCGGGCGACGCGGUGCAGCUGCUGCUCUACGAGUGCGGCGAGUGCCUGCAGCUCUUCCAGAGCCCCAAGGAUUUCCUGGAGCACCAGGUGAGCCACCUGGCGCCGGGGCGGCCGGCCGCCGCGCCGCCGGCGCCGCCGGCGCCGCCGCCGGAGCCGCGCUGCCAGCACUGCCGCGAGCUGCUGCCGUCGGCGCGGCUGCUGCGCGCCCACCUGCGCUGCCACGCCCUGGGCGCCUUCCAGUGCCCGCUGUGCCCGCGGGUGCUGCCGGACCCCGGCGAGCUGCGGCGGCACCGCGCCGGCCACGCCCGAGACUCGCUCUACCUGUGCCUGGACUGCGGGCUGGCGCUGGACACCGAGGCGGCGCUGCUGGCGCACCGCCGCGGCCACGGCGCCGAGCCGCUGCACCGCUGCGCCUGCGGCAAGGCCUUCGCCAGCAUGACCAAGUUCCUCUACCACCGCCGCUCCCACGCCGCGCCGGGCCCGGCGCCGCCGGCGCCGCCGCCGCCGGAGGCCGUCGCGGAGCCGCCGGAGCCGAGCCUGGCGUGCGGGACGUGCCCCAAGUCGUUCCCCAGCGCGGCGGCGCUGUCGCGGCACCAGCGCUUCGUUCACCGCCUGGAGCGGCGGCACCGCUGCGGCGCCUGCGGCAAGAGCUUCAAGAAGUCGUCGCACCUGCGCAACCACGCCCGCACGCACACCGGCGAGCGGCCCUUCCCGUGCCGGCAGUGCGGCAAGCGCUUCGGCUCGCGCGCCAACCUGCUGCGGCACCAGCUGACGCACACGGGCGAGCGGCCCCACGAGUGCCCCGAGUGCCACAAGCGCUUCGCCCAGAACUCCACGCUGCGCCAGCACCUGCAGGUGCACCUGCGGCGCUUCCCGCACCGCUGCGCCGAGUGCGGGCUGCGCUUCCACCGCCCGCACCGGCUGCGGCUGCACCGCGCCCACCACGCCGGCGAGUACCCCUACAAGUGCCCGCAGUGCGGCCGCAGCUUCCUGCUGCGCCGGCUGCUGGACGUUCACCUGCUGGGCCACGCCGGGCGCGAGCCGCAGCGCUGCCGCGGCUGCGGGGCGGCGUUCGCCGGCGCGGCGGCGCUGCGGGAGCACCGCUGCGGCAACGCCGGCUGGCGCUUCGAGUGCGGCGUCUGCGGCAAGAAGUGCGGCACGGCCGCGCGGCUGCGGGCGCACGAGAGGGCGCACGGGCAGCGGGCGGGCGGCGAGGCGGCGGCGGCGGCGGCGCCGGUGCCGGCGGCGCCGGAGGCGGAGGCGAGGCCGGCGGCGCGGCGCGGCGGCGCCGGCGGGAAGAACCUGGAGUGCGGCGAAUGCAAGAAGCUGUUCAGCACCGAGACGUCGCUGCAGGUGCACCGGCGCAUCCACACGGGCGAGCGCCCCUACCCGUGCCCCGAGUGCGGCAAGGCCUUCCGGCAGUCCACGCACCUCAAGGACCACCGGCGGCUGCACACGGGCGAGCGGCCCUUCCGCUGCCAGGAGUGCGGCAAGAGCUUCGCCAUCGCCGUGCGCCUGGCCGAGCACCGGCGCAUCCACACCGGCGAGCGGCCCUACGGCUGCCAGCUCUGCGGCAAGGCCUACCGCUCCUUCUCCAACCUCUGGAAGCACCGCAAGCUCCACCGCGACGGCGCCGGCGGCGCGGCGGCGGCGGCUUCGGGGAGCAGCGGGGUGGGGACGGGGUCUUCGGUCCAUGGGGAGAACGUUGGGUUGGGAUCGGGGUCUUCAGUCCAUGGGGAGAACCUCGGGGUGGGAUCGGGGUCUUCCAGUGAGGUUCUGGUGGUGGGAUCGGGGUCUUCAGUCCAUGGGGAGAACGUUGGGUUGGGAUCGGGAUCCUCCAUCCAUGGAGCUCCCAAUGAGGUUCUGGUGGUGGGGUCGGGGUCUUCGGUCCAUGGGGAGAACGUUGGGUUGGGGUUGGGGUCUUCAGUCCAUGGGGAGAACGUUGGGUUGGGGUUGGGGUCUUCAGUCCAUGGGGAGAACGUUGGGUUGGGAUCGGGGUCUUCUGGGGAGGUUCUGGUGGUGGGAUCGGGGUCUUCAGUCCAUGGGGGGAACGUUGGGUUGGGAUCUGGAGCUCCCAAUGAGGUUCUGGUGGUGGGGUCGGGGUCUUCGGUCCAUGGGGAGAACGUUGGGUUGGGGUCGGGAUCCUCCAUCCAUGGAGCUCCCAAUGAGGUUCUGGUGGUGGGGUCGGGGUCUUCGGUCCAUGGGGAGAACGUUGGGUUGGGAUCGGGGUCUUCCAGUGAAGUUCUGGUGGUGGGAUCGGGGUCUUUGGAGGGCCUUGGGGUGGGAUCAGGGUCUUCAGUCCAUGGGGAGAACGUUGGGUUGGGAUCGGGGUCUUCUGGGGAGGUUCUGGUGGUGGGAUCGGGGUCUUCAGAGGGUCUUGGGGUGGGGUUGGGGUCUUCAGUCCAUGGGGAGAACGUUGGGUUGGGAUCGGGGUCUUCAGUCCAUGGGGAGAACCUCGGGGUGGGAUCGGGGUCUUCCAGUGAGGUUCUGGUGGUGGGGUCGGGGUCUUCAGUCCAUGGGGAGAACGUUGGGUUGGGGUCGGGAUCCUCCAUCCAUGGAGCUCCCAGUGAGGGCCUUGGGGUGGGAACAGGGUCUUCAGUCCAUGGGGAGAACGUUGGGGUGGGAUCUGGAGCUCCCAGUGAGGGCCUUGGGGUGGGGUCGGGGUCUUCAGUCCAUGGGGAGAACCUUCAGGUGGGAUCUGGAUCCUCCAUCCAUGGAGCUCCCAGUGAGGUUCUGGUGGUGGGAUCGGGGUCCUCGGAGAGCCUUGGGGUGGGGUCGGGGUCUUCAGUCCAUGGGGAGAACCUUCAGGUGGGAUCUGGAUCCUCCAUCCCUGGGAUGGGAUCUGGAGCUCCCGGGGAGGUUCUGGUGGUGGGGACGGGGUCUUCAGUCCAUGGGGAGAACCUUGAGGUAGGAUUGGGAUCCUCCAUCCAUGGGGAGAACGUUGGGGUGGGAUCUGGAGCUCCUGGGGAGGUUCUGGUGGUGGGAUCGGGGUCUUCAGUCCGUGGGGUGGGAUCUGGAGCUCCCAGUGAGGUUCUGGUGGUGGGGUCGGGGUCUUCAGAGAACCUCAAGGUGGAAUUGGGGUCUUCAGCCCAUGGGGAGACCCUUGGGGUGGGGUCGGGAUCUUUGGGGUGUGGGGAGAGCCUCGAGGUAGGGUCGGGAUCCUCCAUCCAUGGGGUGGGAUCAGGAUCUUCUGGGGAGGUUCUGGUGGUGGGGACGGCGGCUUCGAAGAGCCUCGGGGUGGGCUCGGGAUCCUCCAUCCAUGGGGAGAACCUCAGGGUGGGAUCAGAAGCUCCCGGGGAGGUUCUGGUGGUGGGAUCGGGGUCUUCAGUCCAUGGGGAGAACCUCGGGGUGGGAUCAGGAUCCUCCAUCCAUGGGGUGGGAUCAGAAGCUCCCAGUGAGGUUCUGGUGGUGGGAUCAGGGUCUUCAGUCCAUGGGAUGGACUCGGGGUCCUCUGGGGAAGUUCUGGUGGUGGGGACGGGGUCUUCAGUCCAUGGGGUGGGAUCGGGGUCUUCAGUCCAUGGGGAGAACCUCGGGGUGGGAUCGGGAACCUCCAUCCAUGGGAUGGGCUCGGGGUCUUCUGGGGAGGUUCUGGUGGUGGGGACGGGGUCUUCGGAGGGCCUCGAGGUGGGCUCGGGGUCUUCAGUCCAUGGGGAGGACGUUGAGAUGGGAUCUGGAGCUCCCAGUGAGGUUCUGGUGGUGGGGACGGGGUCUUCAGUCCAUGGGGAGAACGUUGGGUUGGGAUCGGGAUCCUCCAUCCAUGGAGCUCCCAGUGAGGUUCUGGUGGUGGGGUCGGGGUCUUCGGAGGGCCUCGAGGUGGGAUUGGGGUCUUCAAACCUCGGGGUGGGCUCGGGGUCUUCCGGGGAGGUUCUGGUGGUGGGCUCGGGGUCUUCAGAGACCCUCGGGGUGGGCUCGGGGUGUUUGGGGUCUUCGGAGACCCUCGGGGUGGGCUCGGGGUCUCCAGACCGCGGGGACCCCUGGUUGGGGUCCCGGAGCCCCCCAAGGACGCCCCGGUGCUGGGAUCGGGGUCUCCAUCCCGUGGAGAGACCCCGGCCGGGAUUUCGGACCCCCAGACCUCGGGAGAGACCCCCGGGAUGGGCCCGGACCCCC